ACUGAUUGCCACCUCCCGAUUAUCCUUCCUUCCCUCCUCCGCCCCACUUUUUUGUUUUUUCAAAGCGGCGACAACAUUGUUUAGUGUUUAUUUUGUUUUACGAUCGAUAGCUUCCUUUGCUCGGUCGCGGCGGCUGCUGAGCGGCGAAGUGGCGCGGACCUCAUGUAGAAAUGACAACAAUGGAAGGGGCCAGCGGGUCGAGUUUUGGAAUAGACACGAUUUUGUCCAGUGCCAGUUCGGGCAGCCCCGGCAUGAUGAAUGGAGAUUUCCGCCCGCUCGGCGAGGCCAGGACCGCGGAUUUUAGGAGUCAGGCCACUCCGUCCCCCUGUUCGGAGAUUGAUACCGUAGGAACGGCGCCUUCUUCUCCCAUCUCCGUCACCAUGGAGCCCCCGGAGCCGCAUCUGGUAGCAGAAGGGCCCCAGCAUCACCACCACCUCCACCACAGCCAGCAGCCGCCGCCGCCAGCCGCGGCCCCCACGCAAAGUUUGCAGCCUUCACCCCAACAGCAGCCGCCGCCGCCGCCGCCGCAGCAGCAGCAGCCACCGGCCCAGCAGCUGGGCCCGGCCGCCUCGGCCCCCAGGACUUCCACCUCUUCUUUUUUAAUCAAGGACAUCUUGGGCGACAGCAAACCUCUGGCGGCGUGUGCGCCCUACAGCACCAGCGUCUCCUCUCCCCACCACACCCCGAAGCAGGAGAGCAAUGCGGCGCACGAGAGCUUCAGGCCAAAGCUGGAGCAGGAGGACAGCAAAACCAAACUCGACAAGCGGGAAGAUUCCCAGAGCGACAUCAAAUGCCACGGAACAAAGGAGGAAGGAGACCGGGAGAUUACAAGUAGCCGGGAGAGUCCCCCUGUGAGAGCCAAAAAGCCUCGAAAAGCCAGGACAGCUUUCUCUGACCAUCAACUCAAUCAACUGGAGCGUAGCUUUGAGCGGCAGAAGUACCUGAGUGUGCAGGACCGCAUGGACCUGGCAGCUGCACUCAACCUCACAGACACCCAAGUCAAGACCUGGUACCAGAACCGCAGGACCAAGUGGAAGCGGCAGACCGCGGUGGGCCUGGAGCUGCUGGCCGAGGCGGGAAACUACUCGGCCCUGCAGAGGAUGUUUCCGUCGCCUUAUUUCUACCACCCAAGCCUGCUGGGCAGCAUGGACAGCACCACGGCCGCCGCGGCCGCCGCAGCCAUGUACAGCAGCAUGUACCGGACUCCUCCCGCGCCCCACCCCCAGCUGCAGCGGCCCCUGGUGCCCCGCGUGCUCAUCCACGGCCUGGGGCCUGGGGGACAGCCGGCCCUCAAUCCCUUGUCCAACCCCAUCCCAGGCACCCCGCACCCCCGGUGAAGAACGAGCGACUGACAGCGCCGCGGUCCCUUCCCCGUCCCCUCCCCGACCGGACAGCUGCCCCUCCUCUCCCCGCUCAAGGCCGCGAGGCCUCUCUUGAUAGCGACCCCGGGAAGCAGGGAAGUGAGAGAAGAAGCCGCACACCAAUGGGAGGGGGGGGCCCCAAAGAGGAGCCAGCCCUCCACUCUCCAUCUCCCCACCCCCAGAAACAGGGCUGGAAAGCUCCCCACAGCAGUGUGACUGGCGAAAAUGCUGCCCCCACAGAAAGUGCGACCAGUAAGUGAAAACAUCAACAAAAACAAAACCUCAAGUUCUUUUUAAAAAU